UGCAAUUCCUGAAUGACUGCCAGCGUGAGUGGAACGUGAGUUUUGGGGACUUGCACACAACCGACUGCCACGAAUUGUACAGCGUCACAUGCGACGAGCACGGCAUGAUCACCGAGCUUGUUUUCAUGGGCGGCAAUGUUUCAGGCAACAUCCCUGCUACUGUCAGUGCUCUCUCUCAACUCACUCGUAUGGAAAUAAUGAACAAUCAGUUCAGUGGCUCCAUCCCAGCUGAGUUUGGCUUGCUGAAGAACCUAAUAAAACUAGACAUGUCCUACAACCAAAUUUCAGGCAGCAUCCCUGACAGCUUCAGUGGGCUCCGCAAACUAAAGUACAUGUAUUUGUACCAUAAUGAUCUCAACGGCUCUAUUCCCACUAGCCUCAGCUCACUGACCAAUCUGGAGUACUUUGAUGUAAAACAAAACAGACUCACAGGGACCAUUCCCGAUUGGAUCCCAGAUCAUCCUUGGCUUUCUUGGCUGGACUUGCGUGUGAAUUCGUUAG